GAGAGAGAGAGAGAGAGAGAGGAGAGAGAGGGAGCGAGAAAGGGGAAAAGGAGGACUCGCUCUAUCGACGUUAAUGGCGGUUAGGGUUUUCUUUUCGCUCUCCUCCUAAAACCCUCCUCCCCUUCCCCCUCCCCCCCUACCCCCCACCUCUGCUCAAUUCCCGCUCCCGAUUCUUUUAACCCUAAUCCUAAUCCUAAUCCUAAUCCUAACCCUAACCCGAUUCUUCGGCUACGCGCGCGAAUUCGCCUCCGGAAGGAGCUACUAAGGCUUCUGCUCCAUGGGACAGGGCAAGUCCCCCGGUUCUUCGAGCAGCAACAUGCAGCGUGUAAAAGUAUACAGAUUGAAUGAUGAUGGAAAAUGGGAUGAUCAGGGAACAGGGCACGUUUCUGUUGAAUACAUGGAGGUAGGAACAUGGUGCCCUAGUGCCAAAAAACCAAUGAUGUCAAGACAUAGGUCAGAAGAGCUUGGUUUGAUUGUUGUUGAUGAAGACGAUAACGAGACCUUACUUGUGCAUAGCAUCUCCUCUGAGGAUAUUUAUCGAAGGCAAGAAGACACAAUAAUUUCGUGGAGAGACCCAGAGUUAGGUACAGAAUUGGCAUUGAGCUUUCAGGAGGCUACUGGAUGCUCCUAUAUAUGGGACAACAUCUGUGGAAUCCAGAGAAACCUACAAUUUACUACUCUUGGAAAUCUUGAGAUCGGUCCUCGUCCAGCAAUGGCACAUGUAGAAUCUACUGGCGCAAUACACGCGAAUGAUGAGUCAUUUCGCACUGUUAAUAGUGAAUUGAGAGAUCUUCCAACUGUUGAAUUGUCAACUCUUCCUCAAAUUUUGAAGACUAUUCUAGAGUGCAGCAUUACAGACCAGUUGCGAGUGGCAGAAUUAAUAUCUCAAGAUCAAGAGUUUUUCCCAAAGUUGAUAGACCUAUUUAGAAUGUGUGAGGAUUUAGAAAACAUGGAUGGUCUUCACAUGAUUUUCAGAUUGGUCAAGGCGAUUAUUUUACUAAAUAGCACAACAAUCUUUGAUAGGAUUUUCUCCGAUGAGUAUAUUUUGGAUAUUAUUGGUGCCCUUGAAUAUGAUCCAGAAGUCCCUAAGGUGCAGAAUCACCGUGCUUUUCUGAAAGAGCAUGUGGUUUUUAAGGAGGCUAUCUCUAUUAAAAAUGCUUCGGUGUUGUCGAAGAUACACCAAUCAUAUCGAAUUGGUUAUAUAAAGGAUGUUAUUUUGCCGAGAAUACUGGAUGACGCUACGAUAGCAACUCUUAAUUCGAUUGUUCAUGCUAACAAUGCUGUUGUCAUAUCUUUGCUCAAAGAUGAUUCUUGUUUUAUCCAAGAACUAUUUGCAAGGAUGAGAUCUUCCAGUAUAUCUGCUGACUCGAGAAGAGAUUUGGUUUUGUUCUUGCAUGAGUUUUGCUCUCUAAGUAAAAGUUUGCAGUUGGUGCAUCAGUUACGCCUAUUUCGGGAUCUUGCCAAUGAAGGCAUUUUUGAUAUCAUCACUAAUGUACUGCAGAGUCAGGAUAAGAAGCUAGUGUCUGCUGGGGCAGAUAUCCUUGUACUCUUCCUCAAUCAAGAUCCUAAUCUUCUUAGAACGUAUAUCAUUCAACAAGACGGGUAUUCUCUUCUUGGUCUCCUGGUUAAAGGUAUGAUAACUGACUUUGGUGAGGACAUGCAUUGUCAGUUCCUUGAAAUCAUUCGGAUUUUGCUGGACUCAUAUAAUAUGUCUGGAUCACAGCGUGACACAUUGAUUGAGAUUUUCUAUGAAAAGCAUCUGGACCAAUUGAUAGAUGUUAUAGCAUCAUCUUGUCCACCAAAAAACAGUUCCCGCACUGGGGGUAAAUCGUAUGGAGUUGGUAGAGGACUUGAAUCGUAUGCUACAGCUAAGCCUGAAAUUUUAUCAAACAUCUGCGAGCUGUUAUGUUUCUGUGUGAUUCAUCAUCCCUACAGGAUAAAGUGCAACUUUCUUAUGAACAAUGCUAUAGAGAAAGUUCUACUUCUAACUUGUAGAAGAGAAAAGUUCCUGGUUGUGGCAGCUGUUCGUUUUAUGCGAACAGUUGUUUCACGAAAUGAUGAACAUCUUCUUCGCCAUAUUGUAAAAAACAAUCUGUUGAAGCCAGUCAUUGAAGCUUUCAUUGAAAAUGGCAAUCGUUAUAACAUGCUACACUCAGGAGUUCUUGAACUACUUGAGUACAUACGGAAGGAAAAUGUUAAAUCUCUAAUCUUGUAUAUAGUUGAUCACUUCUGGGACCAACUUAAAAAGUUUGAGCGCUUGGGGAGUAUUCAGGCCCUGAAGAUCAAAUAUGAGCAGUCCUUGGAGGUCUGUGACACCAAAAAUAGUGCUGCUACAGCAGACACCCGAAAAAGGUCAGAGGAAAGAGGCCUUGAAAAAGAGGAAGAAGACUAUUUUAAUGAGGACAGUGAUGAAGAAGACUCAACUGGACAUGUUCUGCACUCGAGAAACCAAAAUGCUCGUGCUGGUCUACCCAAUGGAACAAAAGUCAACUACACGCCUUCAAGGGCCAGACCUGUUGGGCUUGUGGACUAUGAGGAUGAUGACGAUGAUGAAGACUACAAUCCACCAUCUAGAAAGCCUUCACCCUCUACCGAAGACGACGAAUCCUUAAACAUUCCAAUCACGAAGCGCAAGUCACCUUGCACAGUCGAUGGCAAACACGGAGAGUUAGAAUCUCCAAAGAAAGCAAAGAUUGAAACGCACAAGAAAAGUUCAGCCGAUUCUAGGGUUUCCAUUGCUCCCAUAACUUCCGCACGUGAUUCACAAAGCAAACAGGCACUCUCGCCCUCAUCGUCUGUACAGAACCGAGAAGCGAAUUCCGAGCCUGAGAAGGAUACCACAAGCCCGAAAAAUUGCGAGCAUACUCCGCCUGAAGAAGAUACGGAAGAUAGAAAGUCGAACGGAGAGGAAUGCCCAACAGCUAUUAGCAAUUCCUCGCUGGAGAGGGUCGUAGAUGCCUCGAAAGCUACCGGAUCAGAACCGUAUUCAGUAAGAUGAUUUUCGCUUUAUGCGAGUGAUUUAUUUGCUCGAGAAACAGAGGUAGAAGCAGUGGAUUUAGUCUUUGAGAACAGGAUGGAUAGUAAAGGAGAAAAAAAAAAAAAAAGAUGAAUGAUGACUAUGGGAGGUGGGAGUAGUUAUGUCACCCUGUAAAUUCCAAUCCUUGUUUCAUCGACAGAGCGAGCCAGUAAUAUUAUUUUUAAUGCGAGGAAUGGACUAAAAGAGGCGGCCUACUCCGCGGUGGUCAAGUCAUGAGGUAUCUCUGCUUUCUGUUGUAAAACAUUCAUUUGAUCCUACUAUAGCUCUCUGAGCUUCGACAUGAGCAUGAAUCCAUGCUCGCUUUCUUGUUCUAAAAUUUGAAUUUUUGUUGGGGAUUUUCAAUUGAAGCCUGGGAUCAUUGUAAAACAGCAGGGGGAAUAGUUUGGCUUUUUUAAGCAAUUUCUUAGCACUUACCGCAUGGUAUCGCGAUCCAAAAGCUUGUCUGAGUUGAUUUUCGGGGAAGUUAUUCGUGGGGUGGUGAUGAUGAGUUUGUCAUAAAAUAGAGUCUAAUUUAUUGCAAUUUUUUCUGUCGAGCGCAAGCAUCCAUAUAUCUGUUUUUAUGUAAUAAUUUUCUUCUGGGCUGUCCAAUUUGCAGAUAUUACUCUUGUUGGGACAGCAAUUGUUGCAAAUUAUCUAAUCUCCAUGUUGUGUAUUUCUUAGCAGCUUUUUGAGGGCAUUCUUUUCUUUUGCUUUUUUUUUUUUUUUCAUUGUUCGCAAAUGGUUUCAAGUUGUUCUUUUUUUUGGAGGAAAGAGUGUGAAUCAAACUUAUUUGUUUGUGAGGUGAAAGUGGGGAUAACAUUGAUGCUCCCAUAAGUGUGCAAAACAUAUUUAGGCUUGGUA